GUGGGAGGCUGUCAAUCGAGUUGGAAUCUCCGCGAGCGGAGAAGAAUUAUUUUGUGUCUCGCCGUGAAUUGUGGCGCUUAGUUGGUGUUUUUCUCGUUGAAAGAGGUCCAAUCUGCGUGGUGUGUGAUUGUGGUCAGAGAAAGUAUCUCCGGACGGAUGAAAUUUGGUCAGGGGAGUUGUUAAGUGGCUACCGGUGCGGCUUCCAGAGUGAUUUUCCAUCAUAUCUGAGUCAGGCGACGAAGACUUCUUCCCUUUCCGGUCAGCAUUUCCAUCGAUAUUCUCGAGCCAAUCAAGGAACAUCGUUGAGAAAAUCAGAAUUCCUGGAUGGAGGUGUGCCGAAGAGAUGCUGCUGCUGUGCACGUGCGGCGAAAGUGACAAAUUCAUCAAUAUCAUUCCAAUUGGUCACAAGUUGGUGGGGCAGCAGCCUUUGCAAGUGUGAAGAAAUAUCCAUACGAAAUGCCUGAUGUCAGUCGGAUGGAUUAUUAUUGUGUGAAACUUUCUCUGUAAUCUAAAUCGUUUCUGUCGCCGCUGCGCUGCCGCAUUGACUGUGUUUCUGUGCUGUUGUCUAGGGUGGAAAAUGUGCAAAAAGUGAUUAUUUUGACUGGAAUGCGUGAAAAGUGCGAGAAAAUUUGGACGGGAAACAAUACAAAAGGUGCGAUAUGAUAACAAUAGGAGCAACAGACGACAUUUAUUCACUGAUUUCGAGCAAUUGACACACACACCUGUAUUUUUGAAAACUAAAAGAGUGAACGUGAGACGCGAAAGAGCAUGAAUUUAUAUGGCGACAGUGAAUAGAUCUAAUUGUUAAUUGAAACAAUUACUCACCUCUUGUCGCCAAGUUUAUCAAACACGCGUCAACAUCGUAUAAUAAUUUCUGCCCAUUUAUGCCUCAAUGUGGCACGGGGCACCCGAAAGCCGCAAACUGUGCUGUUUAAUGUGGAUGUCACCCCGCAAGUGAGGACGCAGGUGACGAAAUAAGCGUGAUUGCACGCAAAGUGGGUGGAAAAUACACAUAUUUUUUUCUGUUAUGAGACACACAAGUGGAAAUUUUUCGAGAAUGUUUCGUGGCAAGUUGCGUAUGAACACUUGUCGGAUCAUCCUGCUCACGUCUCUCGUGUGGCUACUGAUUGAUGUGGCGCUCAUCAUGCACUACAUGGAUUUGGGCGGCGGAUGGAACACUUCAGGUGGACGGAGAUCCGAUCAUGGUGAUUUGGAGAUGACAAGAUUGGCGGAGAAGCGAAUUGAUGAGGAUCCAAUUGUUGAUGAGGAGGAGAUUGACACGAACAAUAACAUGGACGUGGGAUUUGGAAACAUGGUGCCGAGAACAUAUCGACCGGAGGAUUUGAAGAAGUGGCGACCGGCGCCAACUGUGAUGGAAAAGUACGGCUUGCCGGGAGAAAUGGGGAAGCCAGUGAAGAUUCCUGAUGAUCAGCAGGCGCUGAUGAAGGAGAAAUUCAAGGAGAAUCAAUUCAAUCUGAUGGCCAGCGACAUGAUAUCCCUCAAUAGAUCCCUCACGGAUGUGCGACAUGAGAAAUGUCGGUCGAAGCACUAUCCAGCCAAAUUGCCCACCACUUCCAUCGUGAUUGUCUUUCACAAUGAAGCCUGGACGACGCUGUUGCGCACGGUGUGGAGUGUGAUCAACAGAUCUCCGCGGCCGCUCCUCAAGGAGAUCAUCCUGGUGGACGACGCCAGUGAGAAGGAGCACUUGGGCAGGAAGCUGGAAGAGUACGUGGCGACUCUGCCAGUGCCGACAUUCGUCUUGAGGACAGUGCAGCGCUCGGGAUUGAUCAGGGCACGUCUGCUGGGCGCCAAGCACGUCAAGGGGCAGAUCAUCACCUUCUUGGACGCUCACUGCGAGUGCACGGAAGGGUGGCUGGAGCCGCUGCUGGCGCGCAUAGUGGUGAACAGAAAGACGGUGGUUUGUCCAAUAAUUGAUGUGAUCAGUGAUGAUACGUUUGAGUAUGUCACGGCGUCGGAUCAAACGUGGGGUGGCUUCAACUGGAAGCUCAACUUCCGGUGGUAUCGAGUGCCAAAUAGAGAGAUGGAGCGUCGAAAUCACGAUAGAACAGCGCCGCUGCGGACACCCACAAUGGCCGGAGGGUUGUUUGCCAUUGACAGAGACUACUUCUAUGAGAUUGGCAGUUACGAUGAGGGAAUGGACAUUUGGGGCGGUGAAAAUCUCGAGAUGUCCUUCCGGGUGUGGAUGUGCGGUGGAAUAUUAGAAAUAGCUCCAUGCUCUCGAGUGGGCCACGUCUUCCGGAAAUCAACGCCAUACUCAUUUCCGGGUGGCACAACGCAAAUUGUUAACCACAAUAAUGCCCGUUUAGUGGAAGUGUGGCUCGACGAAUGGAGUGACUUCUAUUACAGCUAUAACCCAGGAGCGAGAAAGGCAUCGGCUGGUGAUGUGAGUGCAAGAAGAGCGCUCAGGGAGAAACUUCAUUGCAAAUCUUUCCGAUGGUAUCUCGAGAACAUCUAUCCGGAGAGUCAAAUGCCACUGGAUUACUACUAUCUGGGUGAUAUUCGCAACGUGGAGACGGAUAAUUGUCUGGACACGAUGGGCAGGAAAUCUGGCGAGAAGAUUGGCUCCAGCUAUUGUCACGGUCUUGGCGGCAAUCAAGUGUUUGCCUACACGAAGCGCCAUCAAAUCAUGUCUGAUGACAACUGCUUGGACGCCGCUCACGCCAUGGGCCCCGUGAAUCUCGUCCGCUGCCACGGGAUGCAGGGCAACCAGGAGUGGGUCUACGAUGACGAGGACUUGACGAUAAAGCACGUGAACUCGGGCAACUGCCUCACGAGACCCACGCGAGAGGAUCCUUCGACGCCACUCUUGCGUCCCUGCAACUUCUCGCGCGGCCAGCAGUGGAAGAUGACAUCGCAGUUCAAGUGGCAGGCGAAUGGCCAUGAGCACGAUCAGGAGAAUGACAUUGAGAGAACAUAAGACUCUGCACAAUGGAAGGAAACUUUCUCUAGUCUCUUUUGGACAACGGCCGGCCGGCGGCGUAUUCCGAAGGAGGGAAACAAAAUGAUAGGCGGAGAAAAUCACCCAAAAGUGAUUGUGUGAUUAUGUGACUGUAUAGUUAUUUUUUAAAACAAUAUUUUCGGCUUGAACAAUUUGCGCGCGCGCGGAAAAGGUGUGAGAAAAAAAGGGCACAAAAGGUGUUGAGAGAGAGAAAAAAAGAAAGAGAAUCAAUGCGCUGAAGGCACACACAAAGUGAUGUUUUGCAAUGGUCAUUUGCACAAAUGGCAAUGAGUGGAAGCGACAGAGUGUGUAAAUUUAUGAAAGCAUGCAUAUUUUCCAUUUUAUAGACAAGCUUCACAAUCGAUGAAUUACAACAGGAGAGGAAAAAAAAUGUGGGCACAAAAUGCUAAUGUUGUAAAAAUUAUAAUUUUAACAUCUCAUUCUUUGUAUUCUGGUUUCUGAGAAAUGGAAGAAGAAAACAUCAUUUUACAAUGUAGAAAAUGUAUGAAUGAAUUGGAGGUUAAUAGUGUUUUUAAAAUUUAUUUAGUGACAAUGUUUUGCACGAUAAAAACCAUUCUGUUGAAAUGAGAUUCUCUGUGUAAUCACUAGAAUAAUUUCCCAAGUAUAGAGAAUAACGCUAAAAUGUAAAUAAAUUCCUCUUGUAGGGUUAAGAAAAGACAAGAACAUCAUUUACGAAAGCGAUGAGAAAAUGCCAGAAUUACGUGUCUAAACUUAUAAGUAAGAAAAAAUCUUAUCAUUAGAGGCGAUAAGUGAAUUUUUCCACAUGAAUUCUCAAAUCCUUCACUUUGAGGGGUGUUUUUUUUUCUUAAUUUGGAUUUUUUUUUAAGAAGAGAAACAAAGCAUAUCGAUUUUAUAAAUGAACGCGCGAAAAAAGAAAACAUGGUGCAAUAUUUCGUGUGUGAAAAUAAACAAAAAGUGAAGAAAAGCACUGAAAACACGAAAGAAAAUAUCAUUUGAAUGUGAAAAAAAUGGGAGGGACAGAAAAGAUUUAUUUGUUUAACGUUGCAUGCGUUUUAUUUAAUCUCUGUGAACUUUGUCAUGCAAUUCUUUUAACUUGAGUAACUGUGAAAUCCAUAAAUAAUUGAAGGUUGGAAAGAAAAAAAAUUGAAAAGCAACUUUGAUUAUAAAUUACUGAGGAAUUGAGAAAAUUAAUGAAUUUCACAUCUUAUUUUAAAAGGACAUCUCUUAACACAAACUAAUCCUUGUGUUUUAUGGACUCAACAGUUAUUCAUCAUAGAGGAUUAUUUGAAAAUGGAUGUCAUGUGAAUUGUAUUAAGGAAAAAAAACCCUCACAAAACUAGAGAAUACAUAAAAUAGCGCCAAGGAAGAAA